AUGGAUUCUGAUUCAUGGGCUGCUCGCCUUUCUUCUGCAUCCAAGCGCAAUUUGUUCAAUUCACAAUCUCGAUCUGUGGGAAUGAGAUUGGACGGUAUUGAUGCUGAAAUGUUGAUGGCUUUUGAGGAAAUUGACAUGGAUGAUGAUAUAAGAGAGGAGUACUCAUGCCCGUUCUGCUCGGAAUAUUUUGAUAUCUUAGGACUCUGUUGCCACAUGGACGAUGAGCAUUCUGUUGAGGCUAAAAAUGGGAUGUGUCCAGUCUGUGCAAUGAUGGUGGACGUCGACAUGGACAGGUUUUGGCGUUGUUGUGGCAGUAGCAGUGGUGUCCUGACUGGAGGGAUGGGGACUAAGAUGGUGAUGAAAGGUGGAUAUUGGAGGUUGUAUCGGCACACCUGUCUGUUUUCCAAUUUCGUUCACGGGGAAAUACUCAAGGAAAGGCCAGCUUCACUUGGCUCCCAAAAAACCUUUUAUGGAAAUGAUGUUGAGAUAACUUGUUUUUGCUUACAAAUGUUUUCAUAG